AUGAGAUACUCAUCUGCUAUUCUCGGCGUAUUCGCCUUUUGCGCCUCCGAAGUCGUCGCUUUCCCAGCGGCUGCUAUAGAGUAUGCUGCCAGAGCAGAGACAGAUAAUUUUGCUCGUGGAGAUAUCGAGUCCGCUCUCACAAAGCUCAAGGCAAACCGCCGCGCUCCAGGAUUUGAUGCCGCAGCGCAAUAUGUCUCAACCCAUGGUCAAUACGAAUUUGUCGCUCCCAACAGCCCAAAUACCUACACUGGGGACCAACGUGGACCUUGCCCCGGUCUGAACGCGAUGGCAAAUCACGGAUACAUUCCUCACAACGGUGUCGCAACUAUUCAGCAAUUCAUCGACGUUUUUGGUAUGGGCAAAGAUCUCGGUGCCUUCCUUUCUAUCUACGGUUCUCUGGCCGACGGUGAUCUCACCAAAUGGUCCAUUGGAGGCCCAACACCAAAUGUACCGAAUGUACUCGGCCUUCUCGGCACACCUACAGGACUCUCUGGCUCUCACAACAAGUACGAGACCGAUGCUAGUCCGACUCGUCCAGAUCUUUACCAAUAUAAUUGUAACACCUACAAGGUCAUCAUCAGCCAGUUCCAAGAGAUGUUUGACACACAACCAGACGCAGCAACUGCCAACUACGACCUCUCGGUCCUGACCCCAUUCCGCUCGAAGCGAUUCGACCAAUCCAUCAACAACAACCCCUUCUUCUUCAACGCCCCCUUCGCCGGCAUCGCCGUGCAGCCCGCCGGCUACGCCUUCAUCUACCGCUUCAUGGCCAACAAGUCAGCCGAGCACCCCGAGGGCCUCCUGAACCAGGAAGUCCUCAAGUCCUUCUUCGCCAUCAGCGGCGCGAGCGGCCACUUCCAGUGGACCGAGGGCCACGAGCGCAUCCCCGAGAACUGGUACAAGCGCGCCGUCGGCGACGAGUACACCCUCCCCUUCUUCGUCGCCGACGUCGUGGCUGCCGCCCUCGCCUUCCCCAAGUUCGUCAGCGUCGGUGGCAACACCGGCACGGUCAACUCCUUCGCCGGCCUCGACCUGGCAAACCUGACCGGCGGCGUCUUCAACAGCGCGACGCUCCUCCAGGGUAACAACCUGGCGUGCUUCAUCUUCCAGGGCGUCAUCCAGUUCUUGCCUGACGCCUUCCAGGGUGUCGUCACGGGGAUUCUGGGGACGGCGCUCGACGGCCUGGUUGCUCAGGUGGAUGGCAUUCUGGCGCCGCUCAACUGCCCCAUACUGAACGAGGUCAACAUGGACCAGCUUGUGGGAUAUCCUGGUGCCAAGGUUCCCAAUACCGUUUGA